CUCGAAACACUCCGCCCGGUUGUUACUGGCCACUCUGUUGUAACUGGAUGCUACCACGCUAGACUUACUAUUGCUGAUACUAUCACUAUAAUCAAAUACCCUUGUCGUAUUCUACUUAGCUCCUGACGAUCUGUCUAGUGGGCUUUCUUAGCACUGCAUCGCCGUGUUCUUCCCUCGUAUCUUAUCGGCUUCAGCCCCUCCUCGGAACAACGUGGGCUUCCCCUCAGCGCCAGACGGAGCACGUUAGACACCAACAGUUCAUAACCUGCAGAAUGGCCACAACGUCGAGCAUGCAUGUACAGACGCACGAUGGCGGGCCGGAGACCGAGCCCAAGAUGGUGAAUCGACUGAAGGAUAGCAAGUCGCCUUAUGUCAGAGCACAUAUGCAUAACCCAGUGGCAUGGCAGAUGUGGGAUGCAGAAGCCAUGGAAUUGGCUAGAAGGCAUAACCGUCUAGUCUUUCUCAGUAUCGGCUAUUCAGCAUGUCACUGGUGCCAUGUCAUGGAAAAAGAGUCGUUUAUGUCACCAGAAGUGGCAGCCAUUUUGAACGAGUCUUUUAUCCCGAUCAAAGUCGACCGAGAAGAGAGACCCGACAUUGACGACGUUUACAUGAACUACGUACAAGCGACUACGGGAUCAGGAGGCUGGCCUCUGAACGUCUUCUUGACACCAGACCUGGAACCAGUGUUUGGUGGUACCUACUGGCCUGGACCGAAUUCGUCGACCUUGCACGGACAGGAGACCCUGGGAUUUGUCGAAAUCCUCGACAAAUUGAGAGAAGUGUGGCAGACUCAGCAGCAACGGUGUCGCGAUAGCGCAAAGGAAAUUACCAGACAACUCCGGGAAUUCGCAGAGGAAGGGACACAUUCUCACCAAGGCGACCGAGAGGCGGAUGAGGACUUAGAUAUUGAGCUUUUGGAGGAGGCCUACCAGCAUUUUGCCGCGCGUUAUGACUCGGUCCACGGAGGGUUUUCCAGGGCGCCCAAAUUCCCAACACCUGCGAACUUGAGCUUCCUUCUCCGCUUGGGGAUCUAUCCCAGUGCCGUGUCGGAUAUUGUGGGACAGGAAGAAUGCGAUAAGGCGACCGCUAUGGCGGUUAGCACGCUCAUUAAUAUGGCGCGCGGCGGUAUCCGGGACCAUAUCGGCCACGGCUUCGCCCGGUAUAGUGUUACGUCUGACUGGCUCUUGCCUCAUUUCGAGAAAAUGCUUUACGACCAAGCGCAGCUAUUGGAUGUAUACGUUGAUGCGUUCAAAAUUACUCAUGACCCGGAGUUACUGGGUGCUGUCUAUGACUUGGUCACCUACUUGACAUCUAGUCCAAUUCAAUCCGCGGCGGGUGGUUUCCACUCUUCGGAAGACGCGGACAGUUUACCAACGCCAAACGACAGCGAGAAACGAGAGGGCGCAUACUAUCUCUGGACACAGAAGGAAUUGACUCAGGUUCUUGGUCAACGAGACGCGGGAGUUUGCGCUCGCCACUGGGGCGUGCUCCCCGAUGGAAACAUUGCACCCGAAAAUGACCCGCAUGACGAGUUCAUGAAUCAAAACGUACUCUCUAUCAAAGUGACACCACGAAAAUUGGCGAAAGAUUUUGGGUUGGGUGAAGAUGAAGUGGUGCGAAUAAUUAAAUCGGCCCGACAAAAGCUGCGUGAGCACCGGGAGAAGAACCGUGUACGCCCUGACCUGGACGACAAAAUCAUUGUGGCUUGGAACGGCCUGGUUAUCGGAGCGCUUGCCAAGUGUAGCGUAUUGUUCGAUCAAAUUGAGAGCUCGAAGGCAUUGCACUGUCAAGAGGCUGCAGCGCGAGCUGUGAAAUUCAUCAAGGACAACCUUUUCGACAAACCCACGGGUAAACUAUGGCGUAUCUAUCGCGACGGCAGCCGAGGCGACACACUUGGAUUUGCGGAUGACUAUGCGUACUUAAUUCAUGGAUUAUUGAACAUGUACGAAGCUACGUUUGAUGACAGCUAUUUGCAGUUUGCGGAUCAGUUGCAGAGAUAUCUGAACCAGAAUUUUGGCGCCUACACCGGGUCAACACUCGCUGGGUUCUAUAGCACAUCAUCUACGUUGACACCAGGCAUGCCGGGGCCUCUUCUCCGGUUGAAGACAGGCACGGAGUCUGCCACACCAUCUAUCAACGGAAUCAUUGCCCGCAACUUGUUGCGACUCGCGACACUCCUAGAAGACCAGGAGUACCGGACUCUGGCGCGGCAAACGUGUCGUUCAUUCUCCGUCGAAAUCCUACAACACCCGUUUUUGUUUGUCGGACUUCUAGACGCCGUGGUUGGGCUAGAAACAGGCACCAGACAAGUUACCGGAGUGUAUUGCACGGCAGACAUUACCGAAGCAAAAUCAGGGCACGAGGAGGGCCUGCUUGAUCGCGCUAACACACCGAUGUCAGCUCGAGACCUGGUGGCGAAGCAGGCGCGUAAAGAAGCGGGCCUGGCGACGUCGUCGUCGAGCGCAACUGUGGCGCUGGUGGAUAUCCGGCCGUCUCAUGCGGGCGACUUCGUAGGCAACCCUUCAUUUUGGCUGCGGACACGGAAUCCGAUGUAUCGUGAGCUGAAGGCGUCGGAACCGGGGAAGAAUUAUCUACAGGUUUGCGAGGGGGGCAAAUGCCGCAUGGUGGACGUAUAAUUUUCUCUUUUCUUUCAUUCUGUAUAGCUGUAGUCGUUAUGAUUGGCCAUAUAGAAUUGAAUCUUAUCCAAGUACUUUGGUACAAAGAAUGCGCACUGAUCGUUGACGCUUCAAGUAGAUGACGGCCAUUACCGGAGUCCUAACCGUCAACAACGGCAGAUCGGAUCUACCGGGAUCUGAAGCACUUGGCUGGAAUACGAAGGAGGAAUGGGAUAGGUCAAUUGUCAGGCAGCCAAGCAUCAAGAGAACCGAUUGGAAAUCUCGGAGAUUAGAAAUGCCCUUAAUUACCGGUGACCAAUGACCAGUAAUCAAGACAGUGAAGCAGGUUGAUUAACGAGUUAAUAAUUAAUGGAUCUCAUCUCAUGAAUCUUGGGGAUACGUUGGGCUUCCCGUCGUUUAGCGGUUCUGGAACCGAUGGGUUUGGCCAAGGAUUGCUAUUUGCCGAGAAGUGAAAUGAAGGAACAGGUGAAAAAUCCUGCGUAUGGUUACUAUACCGCCG